AUGACACCAGUAGCUCGAUCACUCCCCUUUCUCCACCUCAACGAAGAUAUCCUGUUCUACAUCUUUUCACUCAACGCAAAUUCUGCAGAUUCAUUCAUCCCUGGCCGCCCCCGCUUGGUAUGCCAUAAAUGGCGUCGCUUGAUUCUCUCAUCUCCGACUCUCUGGGCCAACUCUCUGGAUCUAGAAUUGCUAGCAGGUGGGAAUGAUAACUGGCGCAAUGAGGUUGUCAAAAGGACAGAUAAGGAGUGUAUGCGUGAUUUCCUGGAAGUUUUCCUGGAUGAAAACUGGGCGCGCAUUCGUCGGCUGCUUAUAAAUGACUACUUCUAUGAUGCAGCUGAUUGGGAAGAGCUCCUCCAAAGACCUGCACCAAACCUUGAGCAACUGUGUAUUCAGGGAGAUGUACCCUUUGAAGAUAUGGAUGAUGGGAUAUUAUUCUCUGGCACUUCUCCCCGGGCUCUUCGUGAGGUUCAACUACGCUUCCGGCUUACAGUUGACCCAGCACAUCCUUGGUACAACAACCUACGUCACUUUCAUGAUCUUUGCGUGGACAAAUUUACUGCUUCACAGUUUCUACGUGGUCUGAAACUCCUACCGCAUCUCGAAACAUUAGGAAUUACGAAUACAUUCUUCCAUUAUGAGGUCGACCAAUCUUUAAUUCCCGUCCAAAUUCCAAACCUUUCCCGGCUCAGCAUCACUGAGUCCAACGUCAUGACAAUAAUUCUAUUAUUGAAAUACAUCGUUCCUGGACCACACUGUUCCUUGAUUUUCAACGAUUGGGAUGAAAGUCGUGAUUUAUCUUCAGAUAUUGUUACAAACUUCCUGGAUAUUGGUGCUGCCUUGUCCACGUUUCUUCGACAUCAGUCCUAUCAGCAUCGUACCUUCCCUAACUUUCAUUACUACGAGAUGAGUGAUCACGGUCACUUCAACAUACAUGAUGGGCGUCAAUUCCUAGACAUAACCUUGGAGGACAUUAAGACCAUUCUGUCCAACAACGGGAACAAUUGGCCAGGAUUUGUCGCACAGGUCAAUGCUGCGUUAUUAUCUGGAUUAGUGGAUCCUAUUUCGACGACUACAAAACUUCAUUUGGCAGUACAUCAGCUACCAUCACCCAGCGAUUCCAUGCUCUCCUUUCUCAAUCACUUCAAGAACGUGAACACUCUAGAAACCGACGCAAAGACCCUCCAAAUCAUCAGAGAAGCGGAACAAAUUCACCAAGAAGGUAAUCUUGGUAGUUUGAAUCUUUUCCCAUCUGUUUGCAAUAUUGUCGUACACGACUGGCAGCGCUACGAGCCGUUAGACUCACAGGAGAUAUACCAAUUUGUUAGGUCUCGGAAGGAUCACGCGAUGCCCAUCAAGAAAGUUUCCUUUGAGAGUCGCGACAUUUCCAUUAUGUCAGUGGAGGAAGCUGCGUCAUGGAGAGCAUUAGCUAGUGAGCUUGAUUUUGAAGUUGAAUUUGAGUCUGGAGCCAUCCAUGAUGACCUCGCCAACAUAUCUGAUUCUGAUAUUUAA